AUGUCACUCCCUGCAGGAAAAGCACCAGAGCGUAAGAAUUUAUUCAAAAAGGGAAUUGAUGCCGAUGAAUCACGUCGUAAUCGCAUGGAAACGACUGUGCAAAUUCGUAAAACUAUCAAAGAGGAUCGUAUGAACCAGCGUCGUCGUAUGACACCUGUGGACAAUGAAUCGACAGCAACACCGGCUACAGGAGACGCUGCUGGAGAGUUGACGCUGCAGCAGCGGCUGUUGGAGCUCCCACAGAUGGUGGAAGGUGUGCGAUCGAGUGACGCUGCCGUACAACUUGAUGCGGUGACCAAGUUUCGUAAACUGUUGUCAAUUGAGCGUAAUCCGCCUAUCAUGGAAGUGAUUAACACGGGUGUUGUUCCAAUCUUUGUGCAAUUACUUCACCGGGAGGACUUUCCCACGUUGCAGUUUGAGGCUGCCUGGGCUCUGACGAACAUUGCUUCGGGUACUUCUGCGGAUACCGAGGUUGUGAUUAAUCACGGAGCGGUGCCUAUCUUCUGCCAGCUAUUGCUGUCGACAAACGAUGAUGUGCGUGAGCAGGCUGUGUGGGCUCUUGGUAACAUUGCCGGUGACUCUAUUGAGUGUCGUGACAUGGUUCUGCGUUGCGGUGCGUUGCGCCCGCUCAUGCAUCAACUGACAGAGCAUUCGAAGCCUACAAUGCUUCGUAAUGCUACGUGGACGCUGUCCAACUUUUGCCGAGGCAAGCCUCAGCCACAGUUUGAUCUCGUGGCGCCCGCGCUCCCAACUCUGGGCCAGCUCAUUUACACGCACGACGAGGAAGUGUUGACGGAUGCAUGCUGGGCUUUGUCGUACCUUUCGGAUGGCUCGAACGAAAAGAUUCAGGCUGUGGUGGAAGCUGGUGUGUGUCGGCGAAUUGUGGAGUUACUGAUGCAUCACUCCCCUUCCGUGCAGACGCCUGCCCUGCGAACGGUCGGCAACAUCGUGACUGGUGACGACCUGCAGACGCAGGUCAUUAUCAAUCUGAACGCGUUACCGUGUCUGCGCGCUCUUUUGGAAAGUCCCAAGAAGGGCAUUCGAAAGGAGGCGUGCUGGACACUGUCUAACAUCACGGCUGGCAAUCGGGAACAGAUCCAGUUUAUUAUGGAUUCCGACAUUUUCCCGUCCCUGAUUGGUUUUCUAUCCACGGCUGAGUUUGAUAUCCGCAAGGAAGCUGCAUGGGCUGUGUCGAAUGCCACGUCUGGUGGCUCGGCGGAACAGAUCAUGCAUCUUGUCAGUCUUGGGUGCAUUAAGCCUUUGUGCGAUUUGCUGGAGGUAAAGGACGCGAAGGUUGUGAUCGUGGCUUUGGAGGGGCUCGAGAACAUUUUGCGUGCAGGUGAGCAGCAGAAGACUAACGAUAUCAACGACAUUGCAACGAUGAUUGACGAAGCGGACGGUGUGACCAAGAUCCAGGCUCUGCAGUACCACGUCAACGAAGACAUUUACAUAAAGUCCUUGAAGAUUGUGGAAACAUACUUCAAUGGCGACGAGGAUGCGGAAGAUAGCCUAGCGCCCGACACGAAUGCGAACGCAGAGCAGUUCCAAUUUGGUACAUCCGCCGACCAGCCUACUAUGUUUCAGUUUGGCCAAAACUAA